CUCUGGAGUUCCUUGGGAGGAUGCAGGCAGUAGAAUACGGUCGCUUCUAUCAGUGUGAUAUGCAACAGUGUAUGCCACGAUUUUACCAGCUUUUUAACUGAAGAAUGGGUUACUUUGCUACAUCAAUUCUAUUUGGACACGAGGCAUUCCUCUUCUGUUUAUUUUCACAAGUGUGAUUUUUUGUUGUUGUUGUCAGCUUUUUUAAUGUUUCAGUGCGUCCUGUUCUGAGAAUGAACAGAUUACAUGUUCUGUCUCUCCCACUCUAGUGGUUGGACAUUUCUGUGACAAGCUAGUUGGUGACACAUUCCAUCAGUCGAAAUCUGAAACAUCGUUGAUGUCAAAUAACAAUAUGCAAGAUACAUUGAUUGGAAUCGAACUCUGAAAUGUUCUUUAUGGAGUUUUAAAAUGCCAUAUUCUAAUUUGAAGAACGAAAGCGAUGAUGGAAUCUAUUUUGAAACACUCAAUGCGUCUUUUACGGACCAAAUACUCCCAAACAUCAGCAACACGACCUGCAGGAACAUUGAUAUGGACGCUCAGAUCAUCGGGGUUGGAGUCUUUUUGUCUGUGUUUAUAUUGGCGGCAAUUGUGGGGAACAUUUUGGUUAUUCUUUCUGUGCUGUGCAAUAGACACUUACAGACUGUGACAAACUUUUUCAUUGUCAACUUGGCUAUAGCUGAUUUGCUAUUGAGCAUUAUUGUGCUACCAUUUUCUGCGUCUUUGGAGGUCCUGGGAUGCUGGGUUUUUGGUCGGAUCUUCUGUAACAUCUGGGCAGCCGUGGACGUGCUGUGCUGCACCGCAUCUAUCCUCAGUCUCUGUAUAAUUUCCAUAGAUAGGUACAUCGGGGUUAAAUACUGCUUAAAAUACCCCACCAUCAUGACCGAGAAGAAAGCAGGGGUGAUUUUGGUGGUCGUGUGGGUGUCUUCUAUGGUCAUCUCCAUAGGACCUCUAUUGGGAUGGAAGGAACCGCCACCUUUGGAUGAGAGCAUAUGCAGCAUCACUGAAGAGCCAGGUUAUGCGCUCUUUUCCUCGCUCUUUUCUUUCUACCUCCCGCUCAUGGUCAUCCUAGUAAUGUAUUUCAGAGUCUAUGUGGUGGCCCGAAGGACUACCAAGAGUUUAGAGGCGGGAGUCAAACGAGAGAGAAAUAAGUCGAUGGAAGUGGUGCUCCGGAUACACUGUCGGAGUGUCCUGGAGGACACGCGCUCCGCUGGCUCCAAGAAUAAAAAUCACCCUUUCCGAAGUUCGCUGUCGGUGCGCUUGAUGAAGUUCUCCAGAGAGAAAAAAGCUGCUAAAACUCUGGCUAUCGUUGUUGGGAUGUUUAUUCUGUGUUGGCUACCGUUUUUCUUUGUUUUGCCACUGGGCUCUUUCUUCCCAGCCUUGAAGCCCUCUGACCCCGUGUUUAAGGUGAUCUUCUGGCUGGGCUACUUUAACAGCUGCAUCAACCCAAUCAUCUACCCCUGCUCCAGUAAAGAGUUCCAGCGAGCCUUCACCCGCCUCCUGAGGUGUCAGUGUCACCGGCGCCGGAGAGUCCUGCGUCGCUUCUACGACCAGCGCUGGCGGACCGCCGUCAAGGGCGCCACCAGUCGGGACCGCCGAGACAGCUACCACCCUGGCUUCGCCAUCCACGAGUCGUGCGGGAACCCUCUCUACUAUAAGGACAAAAGUCGCCCAAUCAGCUUCAAGGGGUGGAGUCUGUUCUCACCACUGGACAAGUCCUCCUUCCACCUCAGGGAGAAGAUGAACAACCUGUCCAAUAAGAUCAAGGGGGGCCCGGUCAAAGGGACCACGCCCGCGCUGGGACGGGCUGAGAUUGACACCGUCUCCAUGGGGAUCUUCAAUGACUGUGCCGAGCAGAGUAGUUUCCAGAUCUAUGACCUGUCAGAGUGUUAUGGUCUAAAGGAGACUGAUAUUUAGAGACUUGAAAUUUACGUCCAAUGAUUUCUCACCUACCGGGGCCAUGUGACCAACAGGAAAUCUGCUGAGGAAAUAUGUCCACUGGAGAAGAAAGGAAAGAUUUUUCACAGUCAUUGCCAUCAAAGGGUUUCAGCCAGUGUCGGGAAAUAGUCUCUUUGAUCAAAGCACAAAUUGGUCCAAAGUAUGAUAUCAACCUCUGAUGAAUGUUACAAGAGGAUUUUUCUUUUUAGAAGGAGGGAAGCUUCCACUCUGAGGAAAAAAAGAUUUAAUUAAAGCCAACCUUGAAAUGAGAUGAGCACUGUGGAAGUCACGUGUUAGAAAAUGAGUGUUAACAUCUCGCUCUGGUUAAGAUCUAUAGCGUCUGGCUCAACGUUGAGAAGGAUGUAGUGUUUUGCAGUGACUGUGGCCUUCAGUUAUUUUCAGUCUUAAUCUCAGCCAGCUAUAAAAGCCAUCAGAACCACAAAGAUACCACUUCUGAAGCUCAAUUUACUAAUGAUUGACUGGCAGGAAGACAAGUUUUGUAGCUCAACUUUAAUGUAAAUAUGAUAUUUGCAGAGGGACUGACUUGAAGCUUUUGGACAAUAUUCUUUGGUUGAAAAUCUGGCUAACCAUGGCAACUGAUAAUGCAGUAACGAGAAAGACUAAUCAGGGACGUCCUGACAUGAGCUAUCCAUAACCUAUGACUUUUCCUGUUUAAACAGCACAAGUUGAGCACUUCAGACAAACUGAAUAACUAUUGACAGACUACUCUUUUACCUGAGUUGGCCGUGUAAAAAGACACAGACGAAAGGUAAUUUGCCUUUGAAAGGACCACUGCUGAGCUAAAACCAUGAACCCCUCCAGUUGUCUUAUUUGCUUUGCCCCUCCCAAAAAGAUUUUUGGUUUAUUGUUUGUACUUGCUGAUGUCAUGAUGUCUGUCACUGUCCAAAAUAAAAAAGAGAAAUUCUGAUUUUGUAAUUAUUCUGUAUCCCAUUUCUUUCCACUCUCACAAUACAAUAUUGAUUCACUUGUCUUUAAAAAUUGUCAAUUAGAAAAAAAUCCAAACCCCCAUUACGGAAUCAGCCAUUCAAGAAUAUUAUUACGGCAAAAUUCUUGGCACAUACCUGUCAUUCCCAGCAGAUGUCACUAUUGAUGGGGACUGUUUGAAAAAUGCAUGACUUAUUCCUUAUUUAUAAUGUAUCACCACACAAUGUUGAUUGAUGAUAAAGGAAGUGUUACGCCAUAGCUAACAACUGCACUUCCACAAAAGUAUGAGAUUACUCUCUGUCUUUGUGGGUUAUCUGCUCAUGAAUAUUGAGACAAAGAAAAGGAAAUGUGCGCUGCGAAAGUCAAAGAUAAAUCAUAGUCUGAAGUAUGACUCAAAUGUUGUGUGUCGCUGCCAAAUUCUGAACUGAAACACAAAAAUGUCAGUAAGAAACAGCUUACUAAGUGGAGUCUCUCUCUUUCUCUAACUCUCUCUGUAUCUUUCUCUCCCCGUCUCCAACUUUGUCUCUUUCCUUCUCUUUUUGUCUCUCUCUCUUUGUAUCUCUGUAAUUUUACAUUUCUAAAUGUGUUCUUAUGUUUCUAAAUGUAUGUAAAUCACUGAACCAAACUUG